UUGUUUUAUUUUGUUUUCCAGUGUGGUGAAGGAAGAGAUCUCAGAUGACAAUGCAAAGCUGCCCUGCUUCAAUGGAAGAGUGGUGUCUUGGCUGGUCCUGGCUGAGAGCUCCCACUCUGAUACAGGCUCCCAGUGCACCGAGAGCCACGUGGAGCUGCCCCCAGCCCUGGAGAGGACAGGAGGCAUCGGAGACUCCCGGCCCCCCUCUUUCCACCCCAACGCUGCCAGCAGCAGGGAUGGCCUGGACAACGAGACAGGAACCGAGUCCGUGCUCAGCCAUCGGCGUGAGCGGCACCGGCGCAGGAACCGCGAGAGCCACGAGGACGCCCCCAGGAUCAAUGGGCACCCCAAGCUGGACAGGCACCGGGAGCAUCCCCCUGGCUAUGACAGCUCCUCCACCAUGCUGAGCAGUGAACUGGAGUCCAGCAGCUUCAUCGACUCUGAGGAUGAUGACAACACCAGCAGGUUGAGCAGCUCCACGGAGCAGAGCACCUCGUCCCGCCUCAUCCGCAAGCACAAGCGCCGGAGGAGGAAACAGAGGAUGAGGCAGAUUGACAGGUCAUCCUCGUUCAGCAGCAUCACUGACUCCACCAUGUCCCUAAACAUCAUCACUGUCACGCUCAACAUGGAAAAGUACAACUUCCUAGGGAUCAGCAUUGUGGGGCAGAGCAAUGACCGGGGUGAUGGUGGCAUCUACAUCGGCUCCAUCAUGAAGGGAGGGGCGGUGGCAGCAGACGGGCGCAUCGAGCCAGGGGACAUGCUGCUGCAGGUGAAUGAUGUCAAUUUUGAGAACAUGAGCAAUGACGAUGCCGUUCGGGUUCUGCGGGAAAUCGUCUCCAAACCAGGACCUAUCAGCCUAACAGUAGCCAAAUGCUGGGACCCUACUCCCAGGAGUUAUUUCACCAUCCCCAGGGCUGAGCCGGUGCGGCCAAUCGACCCCGCGGCGUGGAUCUCUCAUACCACGGCCAUGACGGGAGCGUACCCCCGUUACGGUAUGAGCCCCUCCAUGAGCAUCACCACAUCUACCAGCUCCUCACUAACAAGCUCAAUUCCCGAGUCGGAAAAAUUAGAAGACUCUCCCUUAACUGUGAAGAGUGACAUGGCUACUAUUGUCAAGGUCAUGCAGCUGCCAGACUCAGGCCUUGAAAUUCGGGACAGGAUGUGGUUAAAAAUCACCAUCUCCAAUGCAGUGAUAGGAGCAGAUGUGGUGGACUGGCUUUACACACAUGUGGAAGGCUUCAAGGAUCGCCGGGAGGCACGGAAAUACGCCAGCUCCAUGCUGAAACACGGCUACCUCAGGCACACUGUGAACAAAAUCACCUUCUCAGAGCAGUGCUACUAUGUCUUCGGAGACCUCUGUGGCAAUCUGGCUGCACUGAACCUCAACAACGGUUCCAGUGGCGCCUCUGACCAGGACACCCUGGCUCCUCUCCCACACCCUGCUGCUCCCUGGCCCUUGGGCCAAGGAUAUCCCUACCAGUACCCUCUGCCCCCUCCUUGUUUCCCCCCAGCCUACCAAGAUCCUGGUUUUAGCUAUGGCAGUGGCAGUGCAGGCAGCCAGCAAAGUGAAGGGAGCAAAAGCAGCGGCUCCAACCGGAGCACCAGCGAGACCAGCAGGAGAGCAGCAGGCAGGGAGAAGGAGCGCAGCAAGUCCGGGGGCAGCGGCAGCGAGUCGGAGCCGGGCGCGCGCCGCGAGCGCCCGCUCAGCCAGCUCAGCCAGCGCUCUGCCAGCGACAGGAGCCACCAGAGCCACCACUCCUAUGGUCCCCCAGGGCUGCCCCCCUUGUACAGCCUGCCCAAGCUGGGCUCCAAGGGGCUGGGCAGCAGCGGGCCCCCCGGAGCACCGCCGGUGCGUGAGCUGAGCGCCGUGCCACCCGAGCUCACCGCCAGCCGCCAGUCCUUCCAGAAGGCCAUGGGCAACCCUUGCGAGUUCUUCGUGGACAUCAUGUGAGAGGAAGUGCCUUCAAAAGACUCUGCGUUUUAGGGGGUUUUUUUUGGGGGGGGGGGGGAGGUGGUUCUGGGAUGCUCGGUUGGAAGAGGCUUGGCUGUCUUGCAUGUCACACCUUCCUGUUCGCGAGUGUGUCGCAGAAAAGAAAAAAAAUCGACAAAACUGAACAAAAAAAAAGAAAAAAAUACAAACACCCCCUCAAGCUACAAAAAUGAGCAACAAAAUCUCCUGGGAUUGUUAAAUCGUCUGCAUCUUUUUGUUCUGUUUGUUUUUUCUCCCCUGCCCAUCUCAUUUUGGAUUGUGAAUGGCCUGGUGUAUGUUCACAUCUUAAUGAGCUUUGAUCAUUGUGGCACCUACUUCAGUGGAAUUAGUGUCUCUUUCUGGGCUGAUUGGAGGACUGCUAUUUCACAUAACUUCUAAAUUCCUGACAAUGCAUAGGAGCACUUUGAUUUUUAUUUUUUUUCCCCUGCUUUUUCUCUUGCAAGGACAAAACAAAAAAGGACUGCUGGCUGGUAUCUGGGAUACUGCCUUGGAAUGCUGGUUCUUGGAUGCAUCCAUAGCUCUAAGCAGACAUGGCACCCACAAGUGCUUGGAAAGGAGCAGGAUCCAACCAAUUUCUAGAGGAAAACAAACUUGUGGCUGCUUUCUGCUGACUAGGCAGUAUAAAUCAAUCUUUCUUGGGUUCUUUGAGGGUUUUUUUUUUAAAGAUAUUCUAUCAGGGGAGUGCUGGAGUCUUGCUACUGUAUGCAUUCAUUGUGCAGAACUUAUAAAGUUAUUUCUUUCAGUUAUUUCCUUAUUUCCCAAGAGGGAUUUUCCAGCUCCACUGGGUUCCUGGGCAUUUUAGUCACAUCCCUGCUGCCAGGUGCGGCUGUUCCCUCUGGAUGUGCACCUGCUUGCAGAUUGGAAGAGUUACUCCCACAGAAAUAGGAACAUUGCUGCAGUUCUGUCAGCUUUGCCCUUUUGAAGGGGCUGUUUAUCCCAUUCCAGCAGGGAAAUCCUGGCUCCCACUGGGACAUGGGACAUCUUCUUUGUGAUCCCUCCUUCCUUUCUGAGCACAAGCUUUCUCUUUUUUGUUAAAACAGAGAUCUGGAGAUGUCUGAUCCCCCUGGCAACAUUUCUAAGCACAGUGGGCAGAGAGGUGUGAGAGUAUCUGAGAACAGAUCAGAAAUGGUACAAAAAUAAAUCCUUACCCUGAAACUGAGUGAGACCUACCCUGGGGCUCCCCAAAAAGAAAUCCUUCACCCUUGACAGCAAGUUAGACUAACCCUGGAGCUCCUCAAAAAUAAAUCUGUACUCCUGACCCUGAGUUAAACUCACUCUGCAGCCCCCCACAAAGAAAUCCUUUUCAAAUUCUCAAAAAGAACCCCCUGACUCCUCCUCCUGCUGAGGAGCUCUGCUGUUGAAUAUCCCCAGGAUUUAUUUUCUGGCUAUUUCUGCUCUGAGGCUGUAGAAAUUAAAUUCAGGCAGCUUCAGGGAUGUUUAAAAAGCUUUUUUGAGGCAUGGUGAGCACAGCCAUGCUGUCGUAUGGCUCAUUUAAUGCAUCCACUCUGGCAUUUGACCAUGAAGCCAUUCCUCAGUUAAAUUCUCUUUUGUGAGAUUCUGCUGCUGGCAGGAUUUAGAGCAGGUGCUUUAAAAUCAGUUUUUACUCUAAAUAAGCAUUUCCUCCACUGGUAAGAAGCUGCUUUUUGGUCUCUUCUGUGCUUUUUGGGUAAAUAUCCAAGGUGGAUGUGAGGAGAGAACAUCUUAAAACAAUCUUUGUGUACACACAGUUCAUUUGUGAAAAUGAAAACCUGACCCUUCAAAAUGUUCAAAAUUUUCACCCUGAAAACUGAAUCUUCAAAAUGUCUUUUUAAUUCUGAUUUUUCACUUAUUUCCUUUUCAAAAUGUCCUUUUAAUUCUGAUUUUUCACUUAUUUCCUUUUCCCACCUCCCUUUGUCAGAGAUUCCAGAUGUUUGUGGGAAUGGGAGACUCAAUUUCCCUUUCCACAGGGAGCCGGGAAUUCGAGAAACUCUUACUCAGCCCAUUUCUGGGCUUCUAAAUUAAUUUCCUUUGCAAAAACCUCCCCAAAAAAAGCUGCUCAAGGCAUCUGAAAGCAGAGCUUUCAUCACCACCAUGGGUGGCUCCUCCAAAAGAGGCCCUGCCUAAAGUUUGACUGUACAACAGGACUUUUCUGUCCCUUCCCUCCUGCUCCCACAUGCAAACCUGACUUGGUAAAUUAUUCUGAAAGAUUGACACUUAAAUCAGGGUAAAAGAGUGAUGGAAUUCUGCUCUGUCUCCAGGAGACACUGCUGAGCAGUCUGUGACUUUACUGACAAUCACUAGUGGUUCUACUUCUAAAUUAAUUGUGAUUUUUUUUCUGUCAUUUUAUAAGUUAUUAUUUCUCUGGCCCUGUUUUAAGGCAAAACUCAAAGGGCUGGAAGAAAAAAAAAUCUCCUUUUAAUAUUUCCAAAAAAAGAGAUUAAAUCUGGGGGCUGAGCUUUUCACCCAUAUUUAAUUGACAUAUUUAAUUUCCAAGAGUUGCAGUUUCCACACCUGCUGGGGGUUGGCUUUUGUCUCGUGGUUUUGCUGUUGGCAGAAACUGUUCUGUGUCUUGCUGGUCUUUGCUGCUAUGUUGAAAAAAUGACUUUUUUUAAAAUGUGUGUACUCGUGGGUCACCCUGGGACGAGGCUGGGAGUCCCCAGCAGAUGUGGGAAUUUUUUUUGCUGAGGAAAUUCAGGCUGGAGGAGGUGGAUCCUCUUGAACAGUGCAAUAUUGAACAGUGACACAAAAGUCUGCAUCUUUUUUUUUCUCCCCCAUCAUGGGCUGAAAGUCAGGUCUGAAUCUUUGCCAGAUCUGUUUCCUCAAGGGAACAAAAAUGAGAUUUCCCAAAUCCCAUCCUUUGUGUCUUUCCUAUCCUGCUGCAUUCCUUGCAGGAUCCUGUGCCAGCCAUGCCAGGGGAGCUGCCCACAGUGGGAAUUGUGCCAGGGAAAAGAAAAUUUGGAGGCUGGAGUGCUGCAGAGCCAAAAGGUACAAAAUACCCACCAGGGCCUGCAGGUGAAUUUUGCUGAAUUUUGGUGGAUUUUGGCUCCAGGGAGAGCUUUGCUGUGCAGGGCAUGGGAGCACCCUCAGAGCAGGAGCCCGAAAGAAUUGGAUUAAAGCAAUUCUUCAAUUAUUUUUUCAAAUAAUGUAUUUUUAUUCUGCAGCUGAGCUCAGUGCUCACCCCUCCCUGCAGCAGGGAUAUCUGGGGACUCCUGGAAAAGGGGCAGGAAAAACUUUGGGGUGUUUUCUCGCCCCCCAAGAGGCAGCAUCUGCACAGGAGGUGUCCCCACCCAGUAUUUAAGCCUUGAAGAGUAAAUUUUUUUGGCAAAUAGUCUUAAAAGCAUGCUGGUCUCUUUUACCUCCUGUUAAUGAAUCUGCUUUUCCAAGGAAUCAGUGCCCUGGGAACUUUAUCCAAAGGUUUUAUUGGAUGGCAGGCAAUGAUGCACAGAUGUUGAAUUUUGCUACGAUUCUUGUUUUCUCUCUGAUUUUUGUUCUCUCCCCUCCUGAGACUUGACAGCUCAUGGGUUGAUGUAAUUGUUUUUGUUUGGUUUUUUUAUUUUAAUUUUUUGUUUUUGUUUUGCAUUUAACUGGAUUGUAAUAAGAUUGACUUAAAAUUAUUAAUUCUAAUCAGUGAUUAGAAAUACAUGUAAAGAAUUUUAUGUACAGUAGAGGAACAAAGUUACAUGAUUUUAAAUAAUGAAAACCCAGACUAUCACCUAUCCUAGAACUGGUUCUACUCCAAGAGUGACCUCUUAUUAGCAUGGACUGCACUGUUCCUGUUAAAUGUCUAUUGCAUAAUUGAAUUCUUUUUUGUAGAUAUUGUAUUAAAACCCAAGUGUCUGUAUAGUUAAUAUAUAGCUGCUUAUGUGUAAAUGCUAUUUUAAACACUAAAAAGCUUUUAAUUUUA